CAGCAAUGACAGUCACGUGAUGGCGUUUACACGUGUGACGACUGUUUGUAUCUAACUCUUCGCAUUUAUUUUCAUAUAUAUAUAUGGACGCGUAUGCUGAGCGUGAGGGUCGUCUGAAGGUUUUGAAGGACUGAAGCAUCAUUAUGCCUCUGACAGCGGCUGUGAUCAGCGGUGUUCAGAACCUCGUGCUCUAUGAGACCAGAGCUAGGUAUUUUCUGGUGGGCAGUAAUAACGCACAAACCAAACAUCGUGUCCUGAAGAUCGACCGCACUGAACCACGAGAUCUGGUGAUUAUUGAUGAUAAGCAUGUUUACAGUCAGAAUGAAGUACGUGAGCUGUUGGGCCGCUUGGAUUUGGGCAACCGUACUAAGAUGGGUCAGAAGGGCUCCUCCGGCCUAUCCAGAGCCGUGUCGGCCUACGGCAUUGUGGGUUUUGUGCGUUUUCUGGAGGGUUACUACAUCGUGCUGAUCACAAAACGCCGUAAAAUGGCCGAUAUCGGUGGUCACUCUAUAUAUAAGAUUGAGGACACUAAUAUAAUCUACAUUCCCAAUGAUUCGGUCAGAAUUACACACCCUGAUGAAGCCCGAUAUGUAAGAAUAUUCCAGAAUGUGGAUCUGUCCAGUAACUUCUACUUUAGCUACAGUUACGACCUGAGUCAUUCACUGCAGUAUAACCUGACGGUUCUUCAGACGUCCCGUGAGCCGAGCGACACAGAAGAGCUCAACACCAGCCGCUGUCAGGAGAGUUUUGACAUCUUUGAAGAAGAGGGACUGCCCACUCAAGUUGUGCACGGCGUGAGGAAUGAACCCUAUUCGAAAUAUGUGUGGAAUGUUCGUCUGCUGGAGAAAGUGAAAGAUAUCGUGCAUCCUGAUUGGCUGCUGUACAUCAUCCACGGUUUCUGCGGCCAAUCCAAGUUAUUGAUCUACGGGCGUCCGGCGCAUGUGACACUGAUCGCCCGGCGCUCCAGCCGCUUCGCAGGGACUCGUUUUCUGAAGAGAGGAGCAAACUGUGAGGGCGAUGUGGCGAACGAGGUUGAAACGGAGCAGAUUAUCCACGAUUCCUCCAUCACGUCCUUCACGUCAGGUCGUUUCUCGUCUUGUGUUCAGGUGCGAGGGUCUGUUCCUCUCCACUGGUCUCAGGACAUCUCCACCAUGAUGCCCAAACCUCCCAUACGCUUGGAUCAGGCUGACCCGUACUCUCAUGUGGCCGGUCUUCACUUUGAUCAGAUGCUUCAGAGGUUUGGAUCACCCGUCAUUAUUCUCAACCUGGUGAAGAAACGAGAGAAGAGAAGACAUGAGAAGAUCUUGAGCGAUGAGCUUUAUCCCACUAUCACAAACCUAAAUCAGUUUCUUCCUCCGGAGCACAGCAUCGAGUACAUUGCCUGGGACAUGGCCCGCUACACAAAGAGUAAACUGUGUAAUGUUUUGGAUCGGUUGAGUAUGAUCGCAGAGAAUGUGGUGAAGCGGACGGGUUUCUUUGUCAAUCGACCGGACUUCUACUGUCAUACCUUACGACCGGAUGAAAGGUGGGGAGAUCUCGGAGGGAUUGUGACAGCGAACGGCAGGUUACAGACGGGCGUUUUGAGGACGAACUGUGUGGAUUGUCUGGACCGAACCAACACAGCCCAGUUCAUGGUGGGCAAAUGUGCUCUGGCGUAUCAGCUGUACGCUCUUGGCCUGAUAGACAGACCCAAACUUCAGUUUGAUACAGACUGUGUCAGAUUGUUUGAGGAGUUAUACGAGGACCAUGGAGACACACUGUCUUUACAGUACGGAGGAUCACAGCUCGUCCAUCGAGUGAAGACGUAUCGUAAGAUCGCACCAUGGACGCAACACUCCAAAGACAUCAUGCAGACGCUCUCACGUUACUAUAGCAACGCCUUCUCAGAUGCAGACAGACAGGAUUCUAUCAAUCUGUUCCUGCAGGUGUUCCAGCCGUCUGAAAGUAAACCUCACCUCUGGGAACUGCCCACAGAUUUCUAUCUUCACCACAGUGAUACCAUGAUUUUACCCCAGCACAGACACAGUUACACACACUGGUGGUCUGCUGAUGUUCUGAUGUUUCUUCCGUUACCAUCGGAUGAAGGUCAGAAUGAGGAGAACAGUAAGAAGGUGUCUGUGAGACGUGUGAACAGAUUUGAUGAGAGCAUCGACAUUUACAGCGAGUUCUUCAGUCCCUAUGAGCUCACAUCAUUGGACGACAUGUUCAGCAUCACCAUGACCAACUCCGCAAGGGAGUUCAUGCCUAAGACCGUUGGGCUUGACCCGAGUCCAUUCACUGUUCGCAAACCAGACGAGAGCGCAAAGUCAGUGCUGGGUAACAAGUCUAGUAAAGAGGAGACGGUGUUACAGAGAAAGACGGCGGCCAGCGCUCCACCUCCACCCAGUGAAGAGCAGAUCUCCAGCAGUUCUGAAGAUGAGUCUGAGGAAGAUCGUGAAGAUGACAACACCACCUCUCAACGCUCCACACCCAUCAGACUGUCUGACCCCAGCGACAGCGUCCGGACACACGAGGAUCCGCCGCAGCGUCUGACACCGGUGAGAGAGACUUAUGGACUGAAUCUGUCGGCGUUUCCUCCGGAUGAUGACGUCAUUGUAUAUCGCAGAUUCGCUCAUCUGGGUCAGAAUCAGCACAAGGUGGAGAGACAUCAGGACAGCAAGAAAUCAGAGCGCAUCAUCAACCUAGUUCCCGUGUCGUCUUUCUCAUCAGCCAGUGUUUAUGAGGUCUCCGCUCCAGACGUGGAUGCUCGGAGUCGAGACGUUUUUCAGUCGCAUGUGGAGAUGGGCCGUGGUUGGGUCAGAACGCUGUGUCAGGAGGACGUCCUCAUGUAUCGUGAAUACAUCAGAAACAGAUACAUGUGAACCAUCACUGUCCUCCUUUUUAAUUUACUUUUUCUAUUUCACUUGUUUUCUGUAAGCAACUAAAAGAAAUCGUGCUGAAAUAUUAUUGUCUGAGAAUUGUAUGUCUGAGUUCCCCCAUCAUGCACUGCUGCUCACAAAUGUUUUAAUGAUUUUCCAUAACCUAUUCAUCUUUUUAAAAAUCUUAAGUAGACUGAAGGUAUAUGUAAAAGAGACUUUUAUUAUGUACGGUAAGUUUUGAUUUGAAUGACAUGUGGUGGUUAUAACACAUGAGAAAUGCAGUUUCAUUUAUGAUGUAAUGUUCUGAUACUAAUCAAAUAAAACCCUCAAACAGA